GUGCGCCACUGCGCGCGCGGCGCUCAGCUGCAGCGCAGACGGUGCGCAAAAACACCAGCCGCUCUUUGCACGACUGAGCCUCCCCCCUUUGCUCAUCCUCCUCCUCUUUGGUGGCUGCAAACCAUCUGCCGCCUCUUUUUUUACAUUUAAAUAUUUCCCCUUAGACGCCUGGCUCCUUCUGACGUGGCCGCGAGGAGCAGAGACGCAUUAACAGCAGAGGCAAGCGUGGCUCGUUUGCUCGCCGACUGUUAGAUCAUAGAGACGAAGCGGAUUUGAAUUAAGCACCGGAUAACGGAGAGCACCCUUCAGUGAGGGAGGGGGUGGGGGGCAAGUGUUUUGUAUCUUGGAAGCCCUCGUUUAGGAGAGGGGGGAGGAGGAGGAGCGGAGAAUGAGCUAUUCUUGUACCAACAGCAGCCAGGAGCCGCCAAGCAUUAAGCAGCCUGCCGGUAGCAAUCCAGCCAGAGACACCGGAGGGACCGACAGCAGCGGCACCAGCAGCCCCAAGCAAACGGCGAUGAGAGUGAAGAAAGGCUGCAACUCCGCCGAGGUGGGCGUCCCAGAGACCACGGAGGAAGACCUGCUGGCCAACGCGGUGAUCAGUCCGGAGGAUGUGCUGGGUCUGCAGAAGAUCACAGAGAAUUAUCUGUGCAGCCCAGACGAGAACAUUUACAAUAUUGACUUCACCAGGUUUAAGAUCAGGGACAUGGAGACAGGCACGGUCUUGUUUGAAAUCACCAAACCUCCAUCCACAGACAAAUCUGGAGAGAAGAGGGACAUUGAUCCAAAUGCUGGGCGUUUUGUUCGCUACCAGUUCACCCCUGCUUUCCUUCGACUUCGACAAGUUGGAGCCACUGUGGAGUUCACUGUUGGAGACAAGCCGAUAGAAAACUUCAGGAUGAUUGAAAGACAUUAUUUUAGAGAGAAGCUGCUAAAGAGUUUUGACUUUGAGUUUGGCUUCUGCAUGCCGAGCAGCAAAAACACCUGUGAACACAUCUACGAAUUCCCACCUCUCUCAGAGGACGUUAUCAGGGAGAUGAUCCUACACCCAUAUGAGACGCAAUCUGACAGCUUCUACUUUGUGGACAAUAAGCUGGUGAUGCACAACAAGGCAGACUACUCGUACAACGGAGGGACGUAAAGGCGACACCCUAACAUGAGAGAUGCCUGGAUUUCAUGGAUGAGGGAUGAUCAAAAAAAAAAAAGAAACGCGGCAGUUUCUGUAAAUUCAGCACUCGCUUGUCUUUCUUAUCCUGUCUUUCUCAUGCUGAGAGAUAUGCAUCCCAUAAAAAAAGAUGUCAGUUACAUCUAUUUGUGUAUCUGUGUGUGCUAGCACAAACACACACAUAAACCCAAGUGAGUUUCUGACUUGAUAAACCAGCAGGUAAAGAAAAUAUCAGAUGAGUUUUGCUCUCUAUAAGGAGAAAUAAUGAUGUAAUGGUAAAUCUUUCUUUUUUUUUAUCCUGGAGUUUCUUACAGGUUAGGAUCAAAUCUUACUUUGAAAAUGUGUUUUUAGGACUUCAGUGAAGUUUUGCUGAUGAUUUUCCUGAUUCAGUGACUGCUUUUGACGUGUGUUUUCUGUAUGACAGUGUCUGUGUUAGCAUUUGUACAAGUUUGUCCCUUGGAAGCAUGAAAACAGCUAUUUAAAAAAAAUAGAAAAUCCAUAUCAGUGAUGGUAGAAUCUAUUUUGGAAAGACACAUUUCCAAACCAUUUCAGCCCAUUUUUUCAUCCUGGGAACAGAUGGUUGUUUAUCAGUUUUUUUUAUUCUUAUUUCCUCCUUCCUGGUUUGCUUAACAUGUGACCUAUUUUGACAGUAGGGUAUAGGGAAGUGAAUUUUCCCAAAGCACAACAUCUUUACAACAAUGAGGAAGCCAAUAAAAGUGAUUCCAUCAAAUUUUAUAUAUAUUUUAUUGUUGCUCCGGCUGCCCUCUCCAGUUUUGUGUUACUUUGCCAGGGGCGAUAAAGAAAUGCCAAAAAACUUUACAAAGAUGCAUCUUCCGUGUCUGCACAUCAAAAACGUCUUAAACAAGAGCAGGAUUUUUCUCUGUUGUGUUUUGAAACAGGAAGUUGUGGGAAAUGUAGCAGAAGUCACUCCAACUGCUCAUGUUUGUGUUCAGGUAUUGUCAUUUCAGCGUUGUUGACGGUUGUCAUGUUUUUGUGUCUGGCACAUUCCACUGAUCUGGAUCUUAGCGUUAAUUUGCGGUCAAAUGAAGGAGUUCGUGACACUUUCCUGUGAAACAAACGGACUCAAAAGUAUACAGAUUUAAAAAAAAUCUAACUUUGGUGCAGGAACAUUUUUUUUUAGUUUGUGAAUUUUGAUUGUUUUUUAUUUAGACCGUUUAAAUAAUAUUUAUUUCUAAAUGUUAGGUGAGCCAGGUCUGUGAAGAGCAGCUUUGUUCAACUGUGUGAGAAUAAGAUUUUUCAAUUUUGAAGAACUUUUCUGUGUUACAUCGACAGACGUAAUGAAGUAACAGCAAAAGGAGAAAGUUUCCAGAUGCCUAAAGGGGAACUCUGUCAAUAAACUUUAAAGUUUCCUCCAUAAAAGUGACGCACAUAGAGAUUUAAAAGGUGAAUUAUGAAUCAAGUUUUCAAAUGUUGCUGUGAUUGAGGCAAAGCAAAAUAAAGAUUUAUUGGAGUUUG